UGAGUUUGCCUCAUCUUCCUGUCCCUCCGCUCCUGGCCAGCUGGAGAUUGGGCCAUCCGAUUCAGCCAGGGAAGAACCAUGCCUUUGGAGGAAGAUGAACCCAGCUGGAAGAAACGAGCCGAAGAUAUCCGGGAGAUCUAUGAGUUCCGGGAGGUGCUGGGAACCGGCGCCUUCUCUGAAGUGGUGUUAGCCGAAGAGAAGUCCACCCAGAAGCUGGUAGCCAUCAAGUGCAUUGGCAAGAAGGUGCUGGAGGGGAAGGAGACCAGCAUCGAGAAUGAGAUUGUGGUGCUUCACAAGAUCAAGCACCCCAAUAUUGUGGCUUUGGAUGAUAUUUACGAGAGCGAUGGGCAUCUCUACCUCAUCAUGCAGCUGGUCUCAGGCGGGGAACUCUUUGACAGGAUUGUGGAGAAGGGGUUUUACACAGAGCGGGAUGCCAGCAAGCUCAUCCGACAGAUCCUCGAUGCUGUCAAAUAUCUGCAUGACAUGGGCAUUGUGCACCGGGACCUUAAGCCUGAGAACCUGCUCUACUACAGUCUGCAUGAAGACUCUAAAAUCAUGAUCAGUGACUUCGGGCUGUCCAAGAUCGAAGGCUCUGGCAGCGUCAUGGCCACAGCGUGUGGGACUCCCGGCUACGUGGCGCCUGAAGUGUUGGCGCAGAAGCCUUACAGCAAGGCCGUCGAUUGCUGGUCUAUUGGAGUCAUCGCCUACAUCUUACUAUGUGGCUACCCCCCUUUCUAUGACGAGAACGACACCAAGCUCUUUGAGCAAAUCCUGAAGGCCGAGUACGAAUUUGACUCUCCCUACUGGGAUGACAUAUCUGAAUCAGCCAAAGAUUUCAUCCGGCAUUUAAUGGAAAAGGAACCCACGAAGCGCUUCACCUGUGAGCAGGCCCUACAACAUCCGUGGAUUGCUGGAGACACAGCGUUGGACAAGAACAUCCAUCAAUCAGUUAGUGAGCAGAUCAAAAAGAAUUUUGCCAAGAGCAAGUGGAAGCAAGCCUUCAAUGCGACCGCUGUGGUGAGGCAUAUGAGGAGGCUACAGCUUGGAACCAGUCAAGAUGGACCUGGGCAAGCCAUGCAGGAGAGCAACGGUUCCAGUAGCAGCGAGGAGUCCUUGGGCUCUCAACGUCAACCUGAAGCCUGA